AUGAAGAGCAUUUUCCACAACCUUAGGAGCGGGAGAGCUCCUCCUCCCCCCGAAACCCUAACCCCUUCCUCCUCCUCCUCCUCUCACAAGCAUCGCCCACCCCGGAUCCCAAAGGAGAACGUCGACCCCAACCUUAAUCCUAACUCUAACCCGCCGGAUUCCUCGCCAUUCCGGUCCCCGUCGGCCGCCGCCUCCGGGAAAUCCCUCGCCGGCGCCAGGGCCCGGAGCCCGCUCCCGCCGAGGCCCCCGCUCGGCUGCGGCGGCGGCGGCGGCGUCGGCAACCCCGUCAAACGGAAGCUAGUUAGCUCCGAAACCCUAGCGGAGAACGUAUCCGCCGCCUCCUCCGCUUUGAAUUCCGGUGUUCAGGUUGUUGUAAGGAUUCGGCCUCCGAACAAUGAGGAGGAAGAAGGAGACGUUAUUGUGCAGAAGGUCUCUGAUAAUUCUGUUUUGAUUCUUGACCACAUGUUUACCUUUGAUUCGGUCGCCGAUAUCACAUCCUCACAGGAUGACAUCUUCCACCUUGUUGGGCUCCCUUUGGUGGAAAACUGCUUGGCUGGAUUCAAUAGUUCAAUUUUUGCAUAUGGACAGACCGGCAGUGGGAAGACAUAUACGAUGUGGGGACCUCCAAGUGCCUUGUUGGAAGAUGGCUCAAGCAGUAAUGAGAAAGGAUUAACUCCUCGUGUCUUUGAAAGAUUAUUCACUCGUAUAGAGGAAGAGCAAAAUAAGCAUUCUGAGAGGCAGUUGACUUAUCAGUGCUGCUGCUCUUUUCUAGAGAUUUACAAUGAACAAAUCACUGAUUUGUUGGAUCCUGCGCAAAGGAAUCUUCAGAUCAGAGAAGAUGCUAGAACUGGUGUUUAUGUUGACUCGUUGACAGAGGAGUAUGUCUUCACGAUGAAGGAUGUAACUCUGUUGCUAAUAAAGGGACUGGCAAAUAGAAGGACGGGUGCAACCACUGUAAAUUCGGAGAGUUCUCGUUCACAUUGUGUUUUCACUUGUGUCAUUAAAUGUCAAUCCAAGAAUGUGGAAGAUGGUGUAAACAGCUCAAGAAUUAGCAGAAUUAAUUUGGUUGAUCUUGCUGGGUCAGAGAGGCAGAAACUCACAAAUGCUGCUGGGGAGCGUUUGAAGGAAGCAGGGAAUAUAAAUCGUUCGCUUUCGCAACUUGGGAACUUGAUUAAUAUUUUAGCAGAAGUUUCUCAGUCCGGAAAACAAAGGCACAUCCCUUACCGAGAUUCUAGGCUAACAUUCUUACUGCAGGAAUCUCUAGGUGGUAAUGCAAAGCUGGCAAUGAUAUGUGCUAUUUCGCCAUCACAAAGAUGCAAGAGUGAAACUCUCAGUACUCUCAGAUUUGCCCAGCGUGCAAAGGCUAUAAAAAACAAAGCAGUUGUAAAUGAAAUUACCCAGGAUGACGUCAAUGUCUUGCGUGAACAGAUCCGACAACUAAAGGACGAGCUUGUAAGAAUGAAGUCUAAUGUAGCUGCACCUGGAAACACAGGAAAUUAUUCAAACAAUUGGAAUGCGACACGGAGUUUGAAUCUUUUGAGAAUGAGUCUUUGCCGUCCCACUGUACUAUCCACUAUUAAGGAUGAUAGUGAUGAAGAAAUGGAAAUCGAUGAGAAUGAUGUUGAGAAGCCCCCAAAAGAAGCUGGUAUGCAACUAUCUCCUGCUGAAGUCGAAGUAUCUACUCAUUUGAACAGUUCAAUGGAGGUGAAAGCCUGCUCUACGGAAAAAAAAGCAGAUAUUGGAGAUGCAAGGAGUUCUGAAGUAGAGAAUAACAAUGAGCACAAUCCUGUUCUUCCAGAUAACAACAUUCCUGGAAAGAGAAAAUCUCUACAACGAGAAGAUUACAAAGACUCAACUGAUUGCAGCAGGAAAAGUCCGAAGACUUCAUCUUCAAUGUCCGCAUCUCAGAAAACUAUUCUGCAAAAUUUGAAGUCUGAUUUUACAGAAACUUCAAGAAGUGAUCCUUCAAAUGUUUCUUCCAUCCUUAGAGGUAGGAGUUCACUUGCCCCAACAGAGCAGUUGGAAGCCACUAUACAUCAUGGUCUUCAAAUUAUCGAAAAUAACCAAAAUAAUGCCAUUUUGAGGAAGAAGUCAUUCAGGUUUUCUGUUAACCCUGUCGAUCUCAAGCCAGCUACACCAGUAAAUAAGGCUGAUGUUGGCGUGCAAACAAUUUCUCGAGAAUCUGUAGCAGAAGAUUUAUCUGUUCUUAAAUGUAGUUCUAAGAAAGAAGCUUGUCCGGGUAAAAGCAAUGGCAGUGGUCUUAAUAUUGACUUGCAAUUAGCACCUGUUGAUGGAUCUGUGCCUUCGGAGAGGGUAAAGAAACAAGUACCCAAAGCUGUCGAGAAAGUUUUGGCAGGUGCAAUUAGGAGAGAAAUGGCAUUGGAGGACCACUGUGCAAAACAAGCUGCUGAAAUCGCGCAGCUAAACCGUUUGGUCCAGCAAUAUAAGCAUGAACGCGAGUGCAAUGCAAUAAUUGCACAGACACGCGAGGACAAGAUUUCACGUCUUGAGAGCCUCAUGGAUGGCAUUUUACCAACCGAAGACUUCAUGGAUGAAGAGUUCAUUUCUCUUACAAAUGAACAUAAGCUUCUUAAAGAGAAAUAUGAAAACCACCCCGAAGUAUUGCGGGUCAAUAUCGAGCUAAAAGGGGCGCAAGAUGAGUUAGAUAGGUACAGGAACUUUUUCGACAUGGGGGAGAGGGAUGUAUUGAUGGAGGAGAUUCAAGAUCUGAGGAACCAAUUACAGUACUACAUGCGGGCAUCUUCCUUUUCAACUCGCAAGCAUAGUCCUUUGUAUGACUUGGCACAUAUAAGUAACGCAGCACCAGUUCCUCUCCAUAUACAAUCAGAGUCGAACCAAGAAAGUGCUGAUGAGAAGCUGAGAGAAGAGAGAAGUUGUUGGACCGAAGCAGAAACCAAAUGGAUUGCUCUUACUGAAGAACUUAAACACCAACUAGAAAUGAAUCAUUCGCUUGCUGAAAGAUGGAAACUCGAACUUGAAUUGGAGAGGAAAUGCACAGAAGAGCUAAAGGAGGCCUUGCAAACAGCAAUGCAAGGACAUGCGCGGAUUUUAGAACAGUACGCAGAGCUCCAGGAGAAGCAUAUUACUUUGCUAGCUAGGCAGAGAAGGAUUAGUGACGGAAUUGAAGAUGUGAAGAGAGCGGCUGUAAAAGCCGGGGUUAAGGGAGCAGAGUCUAAGUUCAUCAACUCCCUUGCUGCGGAAAUCUCCGUUUUACGAGAGGAGAGAGAAAAGGAUAGGAAAUAUUGGAGGGAUGAAAAUAAAGGCCUUCAGGCUCAGCUCAGGGAUACUGCUGAAGCUAUGCAGGCAGCUGGUGAACUGCUCGUGCGGUUAAAGGAAGCAGAAGAAGCUUCUGCGCUUGCUCAGAAGCGAGCAUUAAUGGCAGAGCAGGAGACCGAGAAAGCCUAUCAAGAGAUAGACAAUUUGAAGAAGAAUUACGACCAAGAAAUCAUUUCACUAAAUCAGUAUCUCGAGAAGUUUCGUUCAACGAAAGAUCAUAAACCUGCUAAUUUAAACACUCCGGAAGAAGCAAAAUAUUCAGGCGGGCUAACUUCCAAUGAUCAUAGAUGGAGGGGCAAAGAAUUCGACGAGCCUUUCAGACACGAGAUGGACGAUGAGUUUUCUAAAGCGACAGAUCCCGUUACGUGGUUCUCCGGCUACGAUCGAUGCAACAUCUGAUGAAAGUAGUUAGGAAUUUGUUGUACAACCUAGGAGGGUAAAAUGUUCCUGUUGUAUUUGUGAGCUAUGUCUGCAGCUUCAGACUCUCACUGAUUUGUGAGCAGUCAUUUUGUUCUUAAGAAUCUUGAGCUCCUUUGUACAAUAAGGAGUACCGAUAACUUCUAGUCUUGUAUAAUAGUGAAUAUAUGGCUCUUUAAUUGAUGCCAUUUUUCGCUUUU